CGAACACGAGACCUCUUUGCAGGCUGGCCUAAUUAGUAAUCGCUGAUUGAACUUUUUCGAUGCAACUUGAUGGUGCUUCAAUCGUCAAUACUCAAUACUGCCACCACUCUUUCCAUGUUCCACGCUGGGUACCAUUAUUGCCAAAUCUGAUAUACCUUUCCAAACAGAAGCAGAGCAAUUCCGCUGACACAAGCUUCCAAGAAUUACAAGGACCCUUUCACCUCCGGCAUGCCUUACACGUCCGGAUUUGUCAUCCACCCAUUUGCCCCUUUGCCAGAAUUUCAACUUCCCCUUGCUGUCCAUAUAGUUCACCUCAGCUUUCCCAACACUUCAUCAGCCAUUGCAAAAACCAUGGACUCUGUCCAUGAGAUCGCAAUCACCGGUCAAAACCUGCCGGCCAAGUACAUCUACACCGACAGCAUAAACCCAAGCCAGGACCCAUCGAUUCCUCUCCCCCUGCUGGAGAUUCCAGUCAUCGAUUUCAAUCGCCUCGCGACUCCAUCCAUCGGCACCGGAGAAGAGCUAGAGAGGCUUCGUUCAGCUCUCAGCUCGUAUGGUUGCGUCAUGGUAACAAACCACAGAGUGGCAAGUUCACUCAUGGACAGAGUGCGGCUGGUCUUCAAGCAAUUCCUUGCUCUUCCCAUGGAAGAGAGGCUGAAAUGGCAGAAGGAAGUUGACGGGUUUGAUGGGUAUGGUAGUGACAUGAUAGUUACCAAAGAUGUAGCAGUAGUUCAUGACUUUACUGCGCGACUGCGUCUAAUCACAUGGCCUGAAGACAGGAGACAGAUGAAGUAUUGGCCUGAAAAGCCGCAUGAUUUCAGGGAAGUUCUUGAUGAAUAUAGCAGCAAGUUACGAGUGCUGCACGAUGCAACCCUGAAGGCCAUGGCGAGGUCAUUGAACCUGGAAGAUGACAGCACGUUUCUGAAGGUGAUCAGAGAAGGAGGGACGAUUUCUUCAAGAUUCAACUUCUACCCGCCAUGUCCAACACCCGAUCGAGUUCUGGGUCUCAAACCGCAUUCUGAUGGAACAGUGAUUACCUUUGUGCUGCAAGACAGAGAAGUGGAAGGGCUUCAGGUUCUGAAAGAUGAGCAGUGGUUCAGAGUUCCGAUCGUUGCAGAUGGUCUUGUUCUCAACGUCGGAGACCAACUAGAGAUAAUGAGCAACGGGGAGUUCAAGAGCCCAAUUCACAGAGUAGUUCUGAACCCGAAGAAGGAGAGGAUAUCCAUGGCUACACUUUCUUUCCCUCAGGAGGGUAAACAAAUUGAACCAUUUGAAGGUUUAGUUAGUCGAGAAAGGCCGAGGCUUUACAGGCAGGUGAAGUAUAGUGUAGUUGCCCAAGUUGGUUACUAUCACAGUGGGAUGAGAUUAGCAGAUGUGGCGAGAAUCUGAGGGCUUUUUUUCCAUCCUGGUUUAACCACUUCAUACGGGUGUAAACCCUAUAUUGGUUUGAGUUCUGAUUAUAGGAGUGGACAUACGGUUCGGUAAAAUCAAAUCGAACUGAACCAAAUAUAGACAGAACUGAAACCAAAUUAAUGUUGCUCGGUUCGGAAAUUGGAAGGGGUAAAUGCAUAUUUCGGAAAUCGGGGUCCUUUUGACCAAACCGAAUAGUCGAAUUACUAUAAUUUCAAACUCCGAAUGGUGAAUUUUUAGGUUUGUACUUGUUUUGAGACUUAAAUAUUUGAAUCAUGUUAGUGUUUUAUGACUUAUGUGUUGA